GAGUUCGCCCGCACAUUGAUCCCAGAAUUAUUCAAGCACAACAAUUAUGCCUCCUUCGUUCGACAGCUCAACAUGUACGGCUUCCACAAGACAGUCAACAUUACUGAUGGCUCACUUCGGCAAUCCGAGAAAGCUCGCAAAGGUGUGAAGCCGCCUAGCAUGUAUUCGCAUCCAUACUUCCGCAAGAAUCGACCCGACCUUCUUUGGCUGAUCCAGAAGCCCACCGGAAAGUCAAGUGCGAAGCGAAGACGAGAUGGAACUGUGAAAGGCGAAGCUUACGAUAGCGAUGAGGAGAGACAAUUCUCACCUGCUCCCGAUGGCAGGCCUCCGGGAGAGCUUGGAUCAGCUGGUGUUCAAGGCCUUGCACAAUUGCCGCGAAAUGAGCUCGCUGCUGUACGGCAAGAGCUGAAGAAGGUGCAGCAACAGCAGAAUCUCAUAUCGAGGAUGAUCGGCCAGCUGAAGGAGCAGAACGAGCAGUUCUAUCGACAGGCGACUGCCUUCCAGCAACUUCACGAUCGACACGAGAACAGUAUC